AUGAGUGUAACCCCUAUCAAUGUGUAUUCGAUCCCUGAAUUGCGCCAAACUUUAGAUGCAGAUAUUUCAUCAGAAUUAAAUAGAUUGAAUUUUAAAGAAGUGUUCACUUAUGUGGAUAUGAAGUUGGUCAUUGGUUACAGUAUUGGUAUGGUUGCAGGUACUAGUUUCAUUAUUGACAAAAAUUUUGAUUAUAAAGAAACGAUUAAUUACCAGAAACUGUUAGUUUUAUUUUAUGUAAUACUAUCUGGUGCAUUUUGGUGGUUAACUAAUAUUUUCCAGAAGAAUGUAAUUUAUACGGGAGAAAAUGUCAAGGAAGAAUGCAAAGUUGUCAUCAGAUCUCAUUUUGAGAAUAAUAACCCUAUUUAUAUAUUAGUUAUUGAGAAAACAAACACAAAGACAGGUAAAGUUGAAACAAUUAAUGCUAAUUUACCAGUUAAUAAGGUCUUUAAUGAAGCAGGGUAUUUACAAAAGAGCCUGUAUUUUGAAUGGUUGAAAGAUCAACUAGAGAUGUCUGCUAAGAAAGAUUUAUGA